AUGACCUAUUAUAAAAGGACCUGGUGGCAGGAAUGGACGGAUGCCAAUACCUAUAUGAAACCUCUUGCCAGCAUGAGGGCCACUCCCCAGCACUACAAUAGGCUAGAGGAGCAAGUGCUCAUCAAUCGCCAUGACAUCAUGAGACAGAAGGAUGCCUGGGACAUACAGGAGUUCAUCACUCGAAUGUAUGUCAAGCAACUGCUCCAACACCCAGCUUUCCAGUUGCUGGUGGCCUUUCUGCUGGUGGUCAAUGCCAUCACUAUUGGACUACGUACCAACUCCUUCCUUAGCCAGAAACACUAUGAGUUGUUCUCUAUCAUAGAUGACAUUGUGCUGACAAUCCUUAUCUGUGAGGUUAUUCUCAACUUGUUAAAUGGCUUCUGGAUUUACUGGAAGGACGGCUGGCACAUCCUCAACUUUAUUGUCGUCUUUAUCUUACUCCUGGGAUUCUUCAUUAAUGAAUUGAAUUCCAUCUGUAUUACCUAUACCCUCAGGGUCCUUCGUCUGCUACCUGUUUGCAUGGCUGUGAAGCCCCUUGCCCGGAUCAUCCUCGUCAUCCUGCAGUCGGUGCCAGACAUGGCCAAUAUCAUAGCUCUCAUCCUCUUCUUCAUGCUGGUGUUUGCUGUGUUUGGGGUCACUCUCUUUGGUCCAUUUCUGCCUCAGCAUUUCCAGAACCUACGGAUUGCCCUGCAUACUCUCUUCAUCUGUUUGACCCAGGAUGGUUGGGUGGACAUCUACGAUUCUUUUCAGAUGAACACGAGGGAGUAUAUAAUGGAGAUUGGUGGUGCUAUCUAUUUUGCCAUCUUCAUUAUCAUUGGUGGCUUUAUUGGCAUCAACCUGUUGAUUGUUGUGGUGAUCACCAAUCUGGAGCAUAUGAUGAAGGAAGGAGAGCAUGAGCAGCAGCAGCAAAUCAUCUUCACUGAGGGAGGUAACAUAGAAGAGGAUGAAAAUGAGGAGCUGCAGCUGGUGCACUGUGAUUUUGUACGCUCAGAGCAAUCAAACAACCCUCAGACCCCACUCAAGAAAAGUGCCCUGCCUAAUCUCUCGGAAGACCAGUGCGACAACUUUUGCUUGGUGCUGGAAGCAAUCCAGGAAAACUUGAGGCAGUACAAGGAGAUUCGCAAUAAGCUCAACAAUAUAGUGGAAGAAGUACGCUCCAUCCGCUUCAACCAGGAGCAGGAGGAAGAGAUGCUUCGUAGGCAUUUGCCAGUGAGAUUGUCGAUGGAAAGCGGGUCGUUGUAUGACAUGACACAGCAGCAAGACUUGAUCACUGCGCUCGUCAACAUAGAAAAGGUUCAAGAAUCUGCAACAAAUAUGCUCCUUAAAAACAAGUUCAACCCCUGA